AUGCUCCGCUACGUGCAAGACUUAUGGAGCGCCUUCUUCCCCACGGAGGCGGUCUUUCCACUCCAAGUCGUCGGCAGGUCUGGCGCUGCCGUAGAAUCGCGAGAGGAGUUAGAGAAGGCACUCGCCGACACAUUCCUCAUCUUCACGUACCGGGACGGCUUCGAGGCGAUCCCGGCCGUCACGCGCCUGAUCGAGACAGACCAGGGCUGGGGCUGCCUUCUGCGCACCUCGCAGAUGCUGCUGGCUCAUUUCUUGUGGGUUCACGGCCGUCCAGCGGAUCGAAAACUUUCUCUCUUCUUCGACCACAGCGCCGAGACGGCGCCGUUCUCGAUCCACAACAUGAUCCGAAGUGUAUGGAAUCGGCGGGCGUUCAAGGCGGAGUACUGGAGCCCAUCGCAGGGCUGCGAGGCCAUCAAGCGGACGAUGCAGGGUGCCGUCAAGACGGAGCAGCUGCAGACGCGCGUGAUGGUGGUGACAUCCACAAACGGGUGCAUCUACGCCGAUGAGGUGCAGCACACCUUCAAGCAGGGGGCGGAUGUGGUGCUCGUCUUGGCCUCCGUGCGCGUGAGUGCUGCGGCACAGCUGACGCAGGAGAGCUACCUCCAGAUAGAGAAGCUUAUGGAGCAGCCGCAGUGUCUGGGGGUUGUUGGCGGAGUACCGGGACGGAGCUACUACUUCUUUGCUCACAACCAAACACAGCUCUUCUACCUCGACCCGCACCAGCGAACCGCUGCCGCGCUGCUGAAUGAAGGGCCGUCCGCCGCGGUCUCUGUCACGCCAUCCGUCGCCGAUGUGCGCUGUGUACAUUGGUCACGCGUGGACACGUCGCUGUUUCUCGCCUUCGCCGUUACAACACGCGAUGAGUGGGCCGCGCUGGAGGUGCAUCUCUCUAACAGAUUUAUGCACGUCGAAGCGCAGCAGACGCAGCGCGACUGCGAUCAGCUCGGGCGUGCGCGACCGGGGCACACCGAUGGCACCUUUGUGUCCCCGCUGCAGAGGGGCGAUAGUUGUGGGAUUGGCGGCGCGUUAAUUUCCGAAACGGCCCCACUAGCACACCGACGUACGUUGCGGGUAUCUCGAAAGAGGCUCAAGGAAGGUGAGGUAGGUACCGCCACCGCUGCUACAGCAGAGGGGAAUGAUGGUGAGGACGUGCUCGACACGGACUCGUGGGAGUAUCUGGAUUGA